AUGGAGCUAGACACAGGUUCAGCGAUAUCUACACUCCCCUUGGAGACGUAUAAGGAAACCUUCCCAAACACACCUCUGAUUGACACUACCGCUAUUUUGAAAACCUACUCAGGAGAGGAGAUGACACCAGAAGGCAAACUACUUGUUCGCGUGGAAUACAACAACCAAGUCAAGGACUUAACGUUAUAUGUAGUGAAAACACAAGGGCCGGCGUUGUUUGGAAGAGAUUGGCUACACCAGAUACAACUCGAUUGGAAAAGAAUCUGUGCUAUUUCAAAAGAACAGCCGACACAAGACACCCAGAAGAAAUUAGAGAGACUCAUAGACUACUAUAGUGAGGUGUUUAAGGAUGAAAUCGGCACAUGUAAGUCAGCCAAGGCGAAACUCGCGUUGAAGGAAGGCAGUCAACCAAAGUUUUUUAAAGCAAGGCCUGUCCCAUAUGCCAUGAAACCUAAGGUCGAGGUGGAGCUGAAACGUCUAGAAAAAGAAGGCAUACUACGAAAGGUCAAAUUCAGCGAUUGGGCGACGCCUAUUGUGCCAGUUGCCAAAUCAAACGGCACAGUUCGAAUUUGUGGCGACUAUAAGACCACAGUUAACCCCCAGCUUCAGACAGAAGAGUACCCACUCCCACGCAUCGAUGACAUAUUCGCUAAGCUAGCAGGAGGGCAGAAGUUCACCAAGAUUGACCUCAGACAGGCCUACCAUCAGAUGGAAGUGGAGGAAGAGUCACAAGAGUACUUGACGAUUAACACCCAUCAGGGGUUGUACCGAUACAACCGCCUGGUAUUCGGGAUCACUUCAGCUCCAGCAAUUUGGCAGAGAUCUGUGGAUCAAAUCUUAGAAGGGGUCGAAGGAACUAGUUGCAUCUUAGACGACAUGAUUAUCACAGGAAAAGAUGACAAAGAGCACCUUGAAAAUCUGGAGGAAGUACUGAAGAGGCUACAGGCAAGUGGCCUACGAACAAACCGCGAGUAG